AUAUAUUUAAUGAAAAAUAGAAAACCUUUGUAUAUGUCACCAAUAAGAAUAAACAAAUUGUAAUUUUUGCAUAAAUAAACAUGACAACGUACUAUUUCGUCAUCGUUGGACACAAUGAUAAUCCAAUCUUUGAAAUGGAAUUUAGCACAGUCAACAAAGAGUUGCGCAAAGAAGACAGUCGUCACUUGAGCCAAUUCAUUGCACACGCCGCACUGGAUCUAGUAGACGAACACAAAUGGAGAACGCCCAAUUUGCAGCUCAAGUCCAUCGACAGAUUUAAUCAAUGGUUCGUGUCCGCUUUUGUCACCGCCAGUCAAAUACGUUUCAUCAUUGUGCAUGACAACAAAAACGAUGAUGGCAUCAAGAAUUUCUUCAAUGAAAUGUACGAAACAUAUAUUAAACAUUCCAUGAACUCUUUCUAUAAAAUCAAUACGCCCAUCAAAUCGCCAGUUUUCGAGAAGAAGGCGCAACUUUACGGCCGAAAGUUUCUGCUAUCAUUAUAAUUGUUGAGUAGUUUAAUAAAUGUAGAUGCAUAUUAUUUAUAAGUGUAAAA